AUGACUCUGGGCACGGACUUCAGCGGGCUGGAAACUAUAGCAUGGGCUUUGAGGACGCUGCGUUUGGGUUAUCGGCACCUGUUUGGCAGUGACAUCGAGGCCAGCUCCCGCAAGGUCAUGAGUCACUUGGGGGUGGAGCAGAUCUUCGAGGAUAUCAAUGGCCGCGACGUCGCUGGCCUGCCCAGCUCAGACAUCUAUUGCAUUGGAGCCCCGUGCCAGCCUUUCUCACGACAAGGGCACGGCAAAGGAAUCCGGGAUCCGGGUGGCCGGGGGGUCUUACUGCUGCAAAGCCUGGCUUACAUAUCCAUUCACAAGCCUCGACUUGUGAUACUGGAACAGGUCCCCCAGUUCUUGCAAGACGAGAACCAUGCGGAGCUCCGAGACUUGACCCUCAGUGAGCUGGAACAACAUUAUGAGGUUUCUGUCCAGAUUUUGUCAUCCGCCUGCUUCGGUGUUCCCCAGGAUCGUCUCCGCUGCUAUAUUGUGGCGGUUCGACAGGAUUGCCCGGGUGGUUUUUGCUUCCCGAAGCCUGUGCACUGCCCUCGCCUAGAGGACUUCAUUGACAAGCUGCCAGAGGAGGAGUUUGCUGUCCUGCCUAAGCAGGGCUUGGCCAGAGAGAGCGUGCAGGCUUGCUUGCAGCCUUUAGUGGAUCGUGGAGUCAACGUCUUCAAUCAAGCAUUUCUUGUGACAGCUGGACAGAGCACACGCUUCGCCCAUGCCUCCCCAAUGGGGAGAGCCUGCACCAUCACGCGGUCGGAAGCUGGUCGAGAAAGCUACUGGUGCCCAUUUAAGGGUGGCUUCUUAUCCACCCGGGAGAUUGCCAGGCUGCAAGGGUUUCCUGAUGGGCUUAUAGCAGUAAGAGACCUGGGCAUCUCGGAAAGGCAGUACCGGCUUAUGCUCGGCAAUGCUAUGACAUUUACUGUAGUUCUACGUAUUUUGCCGAAUGCUUUGAAAGCGUCCGGUCUUGUGGAUGCAAAGAAUAUCAGCGCAGUGUGCGUGCGAGAUUGUGUGCCGCCCAACAGAACCCGACAGCGUGCGUGGAGCUCAGCCAGUGCAGCCAUGAGUGUUUCUGCCCCGGGGCACACAUGUGGAUCGCGCUGUCCAUGCAAGCGCUUCGGCAAGUUAAGUGCCAGUGAUUAUCCGAUCCUCUCAGCAGAAGUCACGAAAAAAUUCGGACCUGAGCUAGUCUUAAAAGCGAAAGAGCUCAGCGGCCAGACGUGGGUGAAUGCCGUGGAGGAGGAUUCUUGCUUCAAAGUCGGCUGUUGCCUGUGCUCUGAGCUCCUGGCUGAGAAAGACAGGGAUAUCGUGGGACGCUAUGGGAUAGUCCAUGUGGAAGGGCUGAAGCCAGCGCGGCUUCAACAGCACGCUUGCAGCGCUGCACAUCUGGCAGCAGUGGGGCGACUGCUGCAGCCUGAUGAAACAGUCGGUAUGCCACUGUCCUGCACGUCUGGGGCACCUGCUCUGGCUGACUUUGAUGCGUUGUUGCAAUGGAUCCGGCGGGGGGGCUCGCUGAGGGAUGGAGUGCCUGGAGUCGGGCAUUUCAAGAAAGCGAAAUGCAUGCAAUUUGUUUUGGCCGAGUCCUUGAAGAACAUCUACCGGGGAUGGAUACGAGGCAGUUUCAGUGUGAACUUGCUUCGGGAUGAGAGAAAAGGACGGUUGUACGUCCGCUUUCGCUGUGCUAACCUGAUGGCGGAGCGUGGUGUAGGCAUCCUGGGCCAGUGUCGUGUCGUUCAGUCAACAGCGACCAACGUAACCGAGGCCACGAAACUGCUCUUCGCGCAGUUUUGUACCAGGUUCUACAAUGCUCCGUAUACAGAGGCUACAGCUGACAUAGACAUCAAAGAUUUCGAGCACCUACGGCACAGCAUUUACGCAUUGACCGUGGAUGCCGCGGGCAACGAAGUGGCGUCUGGUGUCAACAUGCAAAGCCACCACAGCUCCACUGCCAUGCGAGGCCAAGCCCUCACGCCUAACCUCAUGACGAUUGUGCGCGACAAAGCCCAUGCCAGUCGGCGGAUUCUGGAGAGGCCAUGGGCUUGUGAUACGUAUCUCUCCGCAGUGGCAGGCUCAUUGAUAUCCGAGUCUUGCAGCGUUGCACAAUUGGUACAGCACAGCCUGGACCACCGAGCAUGGUUUACCGAGUGCUGCCGCGAAUCUGCGUGCCAGACAGUCUCCACAGUAUUUACCAACAUGCGAGCAGCAAAGCACAGGUACGAAAGCCUGGCCACGCCGCUGGCGAGGAUGUGCUUGGACUGGCCAGCAGUGAUUGCUUUCCUGGUGCGAGUGGUCACGGAGAGGCCCAACGACACGUCUGGACGUGCUGCGCAGGCAAUUCUGCAAGGCCUGGACAACGAAAUGAUUCUUCAAGCCGGCAUGCUGGCAGACGCGGCCGACGAAUGUUUGGUCUUGGUUCGGUGGUUUGACCAUUCCGAGGUAGACAACAGCAAGAUAGCGGCCACCGUGAAAACAUUCCUGGAGCGGCUGGAGCACUUGUUUGUAGGCCAGUACAUCUGGACGGCGCACGGCUACACACAGGCGACCCUGGAUUUCCUCAGAGGCCCCCCUACACACUUCUACGUGGCCGGUGAGAUGCGUAGCGUUGGAGGACCCCAGUCCGUCUCCACAGCCCUGCGUGCAACUGUGCUCCAGCGGAUGCAGGCCUGGCACACCAUUGUAAAGGAAGUUGUUUCCGCGGAACAUCCAGACUUUGAGCUCGUGUCUUGCUUCCGGUGCUGCGACCUCGAGGAAUUCCCUCGGCCUACGCAAGAAAAUGCCAGGCAUGGAUUGCCCACCAAGUUCGACGAGCCACUGCAACGCCUUGCGUCUGCGUUCCACUUGGACAAGGAUCUCCUGAAGCUUGAAUUUUUCGAUCUCGGUGCCAUAGCAGUGGCCCAUUUCCGGGAGAAAGAGUGCAGCAACCUGGAUGGGUGGAAGUGGGCCUUGAAAGUUACUGCCUCCCCAGCAGCCAGGGCGAAGCACCCAGUGGAUAACUUGCAGAUACUGCUCGCCCAUUACGCGGCAAUGUCCUCCUCGGACUCUAUCAUUGAGCGGGAUUUCAGCCGUGUACAAAAACUCUUAUCCGAGCAACAGCUCCAUGCGGAAGUUGCGGUGGAGAGUGACACGGUGAUGUUGGCCUGCUCUGGCACGGAGCUGGACAAGCAGGUGCUGGCAGGGGCACAGAGCUUGUGGACAGAGUUGUAUAGUAAAGCACGCAAGCGGGAGAAGCCGCGCUUCGACAAGGGUGUUUCGCGUGCGCUUCGCCGGGCACGGAGCUUCACACCGGAGAAGGUGACCGAAGCUGGUUUCAGGAAACGGCGGCGGGAGGGGGUCAUGAAUGCCGAGGCGCCAGAGUGUGUCGAAACGGACCCAGCAUUGGCUUGGACUGCGGGACAUGAUCGCGAGGUUCAGUUCAAUUUGAAGAAGCAGAUGACCCGUCUUUUUGAGGCUAUGCAGACAGGGACAGUUGACGUCAAUGAAGUCGGCCCGGAGAUACAGGCCCUUGCCAAGGAGCACGUGGACAAGACAGUCAAGAACAUGCUGGCCAGGGAGAGGGCGGAGGCUCGCAUGCGCGCCACUAUCCAGCGGCGGCCUCCCUCAGAGGAGGAGCUGGAAGGUUUGGAGGUUUGGAUCUCGGACGCCCUCCGCGAACCUCUCAUGGACCAAGCCAUGGAUCGCAGAGGCUGGACGACGACCGCACAUCUUCAUGAAGCCCUGGUCGUUGUGACAGACAACUUCACAGCUUGGACGGACGAGAUGCUAGUGGCUGUAGCUUUACGGGGAGCUUGGGUGAUGAGUCCGGACAUGGUCUUGCGAGGCAAGGGCGUGUCCUUGAAGUAUCAGCCCUGGGAACACACAAAGAGGGAAAUCUUCUGUACAGCCGCUUUUCAAGCAGCGCAUCCACGCGUAAUGCAUGUACUCCAACAUCGUGCUGGCAGGAAGUUACAGCUCCUGGACAGCAUAGAAGAUUUCGCCCAGGCCAAACAGAAGGCCACAGACAAAGGCAUGCCAUCUGCGGUUCUCGCAUUGAUCGUGGAUAGUGAGCGUGCCACAUACAGCGGUGUGAAGCAUUGCUUUGAUGUGCGCGAAUUCAAAGAUUUCAUUGCCAGGCUAGACAGGGGCAGAUCCUGCCCGGGCUUGUAA